AUGUCUUUGCUGUCGUACUCGCGUAAAGUCAUCGUUGAAGAUUUUCGUGGAAAUGCACAAAUUGUUUUUAAAUUAAAACUGCUAAAAAAUCACUAAUCUAAAUAAGUCAAAAUUGAGUAAAGAAGUUGUCUGAGGGUCAAUAAAUAAAAAAGAUAAAUCGGUAAAAACUACCUAAAAUUGGAUAAAAUGUGCGAAUAGGAAGCGAAAAGAAAAUUUUAAAGAGAAGAAAACAAGGUUAAAAAAGGUGGAGAGCCAGUGUGAAAAUAUAGAACAUAAAGGUGAAGAAAAAGUUUUACACAAAAAAGGAAAUUGGUGUAUUGAAGAAAAAUAGUGAUAAUUCCGAUUUUUGUAGUCGGGGAAAGUUGCGCGUGAGUUUCUUUAAGUUUACGUUUGAAAAGAGAGGAAUUUUGGGCAAAUACUGCAGUUCUGGGUACUGCAUCGCGUGCGUGGAAAAAGUGUUAAAAUUCACAAAGGGGCACGGCCCCAAAAUCACGGUCGUUUCUUAAAAAUUUGAGGAUUGACAACUAAUAAUAAGACAAAAAAAAAAAAAAAAUUAAAAAAGAAAUUCUGUCAGUUAUUGCUUUAUAAUCAUAAAACUGUUUCAAAGAAGAUAUAUUAGCCAAAUAUCUACAGAAUUAAUCAAUCCACUCCGAAAAGUUACAGUGAUUUAUACUCAGAUAAAAGAGCAUUAUGGACGAAGACGACAACAUAUCUAGUGGUGGCGACAUAAACAAUGAAAUUUCAAUUGAUCGAAUUGGUGGUGGUAAUGCAAGAAACAAUGAUAUUUCGAACGUUGAUAAUGAAGUAACAGAAGACGAUGAAUUUGAUGAUGUUGAUAUUUCGAUGGUAGUGAAUUUACCUUCGAAUGUCUCCGUUAGUACAUCAGCAAAUUCCGAGCCUAGGACGCAGUCUUCAUACGUAGCCGUUGCCGCUGCUCCUAUUUCGGGGCGAGCUGGACUCGAUUUUCCUGACUGGGAAUCUGUAGGCACAACUGAAACGGAUGAGGAUCCUCUAACAGAUGCUUCAUCAAUUACUUCAAGCUCAGCGUUGACUGCAGGCAUAAUCUCCGGCAGUACAGGUGGAGCUAAGCCAAGUUUUUUCUUUGGUACAUCAGCAUCAUUCAGCUUAAGAAGUCGUAAAGAGGUAGCAGCUCUAAUUAAUGCCGAAUGUUGUCGAAGUGAGAAAACUCCAGAAUUGGACGCUAUUUUGGACAAACUUUUUAACCCAGGAACACCUAUAGACAACGCUGAUAAUAUCGAGUGGAUCCGUUGGUUAAUUGCAGGAGGUCGCACACCACAAGAAUUCGUAAAAAUUGUACGAAGUUAUGACAAUCAUGCAAAAUGCGGUCUUGUGUGGGUACCACAUGUGGUAGCGUACCGAUGUCGGACAUGCGGAAUUUCGCCAUGUAUGUCAAUUUGCCGGGACUGCUUCAAGAAAGGAGAUCACACCAAUCAUGACUUCAACAUGUUCUUGUCACAAGCAGGCGGCGCAUGUGAUUGUGGCGAUACUUCUGUCAUGAAAGCUGAGGGUUUUUGCAGCGAUCAUGGAAUCAACAAUCGAAGCAACAAAGAGCCUGUACCGCCUAACUUACUCGCCGUGGCUGGAGCAAUAAUGCCCAAGUUACUCUUCCGAUUGCUACAGCACUUUAGAGAGCAUAGUGAUCCAACUUCUCAAACCUACAAUCUGGCGGCCUAUUCAUGUGAAGAAUUCACGAAUAUGCUAAUCGAUUUGAACAAUAUGGGUGAAAUAAUGCGUAAAGUAAUGACUCGUGCGCUUAUAAAUCCAGACGUGUAUAAAUUUUUCACCGAAUCUCCAUGUUUGGAUACCAGACAUGGCCGAUUUUUGAAGUCAAACCGUGAAAAAUAUGAAGAUGCCGUCAAUCGUUUUCCUAGUCCAGAACCACCUGAUGAUUAUAAACAUCUUCCAGCGUUAGGAGAAAAGUUGGUUCACACAACUCUUUUGGAAGAAUUCAUAUUUUGGACGUUUAAAUUUGAAUUUCCACAAAAUUUGGUGUGCUUUUUACUUAAUAUGCUGCCCGAUCAGGACUACAAGGAACAUCUCACUCGAACUUUUGUUAUGCACUACAGCCGAAUACCAUCUGUUCUAGAAAUGUCACGCGACCCAGACACACUUAGUAAUCGAGUUGUACACAUGAGCGUCCAACUUUUUUCCAACGAGAGUCUAGCUUUGAAAAUGGUUAAAGAGUUAUCCUUGCUGCAUGUAAUGAUAAUCAGUCUCAAGUUAAUGAUGUCAAAAAUAUUAAUACAAAAUACUUUACACGAUCCACAUAAAAAUUUUCAUUUCGUUAUCGAUUGUACCCGCCAAGUGAUGAAAGAUCACUGUUACUGGCCUCUGGUUUCUGACUUCAACAAUGUGCUCUCCCAUGAAUCAGUUGCUUUGGUCUUCUUACGGGAUGAUAAUCUAAUCGACAUGUGGUUCCAGUUUCUGUCAAUGCUCCAAGGCAUGAAUGUGAAUGUGCGAGAAACGACAUCCCAUGUGGAGUUCGAACCGAAUUCUUACUAUGCAGCUUUCUCGUGCGAGUUAGAAGCAAGUGCUUACCCCAUGUGGUCUAUAAUUUCACAUUUGCAGGAUGGCACUCAUGCACAUUUAGCUAAGAAGAUAAUAACGUACUGUGUUAAUACUCUACAUGAAUGGCUAGAUGCCAUUUACUUUUUGGAACCCAAAUUGUCUCCGAAUGAAAUGAUGCAAGCAUCCUUUCACUUUCCACUACAUCGAUAUUUGGCAGCGUUUCUUUGCCAGGCUGUCACCAAAAUGGGGAUGUCACUAUCAGAAGUGCUGCCUACCAGGUCAUACAUAUUGCCACUUUUAAUGAUACAUCCACUACGAGUUCAGAGUUUCUUCUAUGAGAUAUUGGCUGGAAAAUGGGUGCGUAAUGGACUACAAAUUAAGGGUCAAGCCAUGACCUAUAUCCAGGCGAAUUUCUGCAAUUCUAUGGCGGACAUGGACCUAUUCUUUCUGCAAGUUUGCGCAACGAAUUUGCCACAAUACUUCUUUUUGCAGAACACAAUUGAACUGUUCGGUGUUGGGCAGUGGCUGGAGUUGGCACCGUUAAAACAGCCCCAGAAAUUGGAACAGUGCUCAAUGCUUGAGGGAUUCUUAACGUGUUUAGCAACGCUUGUAACUAGUCGUACAAAUCUCGGUAACGAUGAGGCUACCCAGUGUAUCAUUGAGAUAAGUGCAUUACUCGCUACUGAGAAUAAGACACAUUCCCAAUUGUUAGAAUUGAUGCCGGAGCGAUCGGGCAAUGUACACACAAAAAACUUUGAGAACUUUCUCAAAAAGCUAUCCGUUUACAAGGCUCCUUCUUCGGGCUCUGAGAAUCUGGAACAGGGUCUUUUUACACCGAUCGAUGAUGUGUGGGAGCAGCACUAUGACCCAUUGCACGUACUUUUGCGUGCAGUACAUCGGCGGGACUUUCAAUCGUCUCUCGAUCGCUUCACAAACUAUGUUAAAAGCAAGAAUAAGAUGCCAGCGAGUGGUAACUUAUGGCCACCAUUUCGACUGCCAAGGAAAGUGGGCGGGGCCUUCAGUGAUCCAUGUUGCAUUCUUAAUUCUCGUGUAUUUCACUCCACCAUACUUUCAAUUCUAUUUCGAGCGGUGCACUCGCGCGACGUAUCUGAGCACCUGCUGGCGCUGGCAAUUUUCCUAUUAGAAAUUGCUGUCGAGAAAAGUGAUGACACCAAUGGCAAUGAUAAGUCUGCUGUUGUGGAAUGUGAGCCAAAAAGCAAACAUGGUUACCCCUUUUCCAUGAGACGUGAUCCACCAAAACUUUUCCACUGCUAUCCGACUGAUAAUCUGCGAUGUAAUUUACGCUAUGUCGUCUCGAAGCUAUCGUUAAAGUCUCACGAGCCACAGGUAUCGCCCGCCAGUUACCGUUCAAAUCAGUUUUAUGGUGAUUUAGAUUAUGAUGUGGAAACCGAUACGGCGGCUGCGUUGCCCAUGAUUGGUGGCAGUGAUGACGACUUGGAUGAUGACUCAAUGAGCGUAAGUGUGGCGAGUGGAACGUCGACGGCUAUGGUGCGAAUGCAAAAUAUGGAAGUGGCAUUGCCGCCGGAUCUUUCGGUAGUGCCAGAACAAGGCUUAGUAAUCAGGCAAGAUAGCCAGGAGGAUGAUUCGUUGCGAGAUGCUGAUAAUGCUAUUGAGGGCGCCUCACCAUCAGUGGGUUUUCGCUUCUCAUUACAACCUAUCACAUUACCAGAAAGUGGCAUGGAAGUGGCUAUAAGAAGGGAAUUACAAUUACUAGCUGGUGGCAGCGUUACUGGUGGCGGCGGUGGGGGUGUUAGCGGUAGUGGAACAUCGACGAGCGAAUUAAGAAGGACCACGGAAACCCAACAAAAUCCGCAACAACAACAAAAUGAAAUGUUUUCACCCACCACGAAUAAUGCUAAUAGCAUGCUAUUGCCAUUUCAGCGGGUUCAACCUGUUGCUGUGCCGAUCGGCAGUCGAAGCAUUGUUCCCACAACAUCAAUACGGGGCGUGGUGGGAGUGCCUACGUUGAGUGGACGUCGAAGUUAUGAUUCUGCUUCACGUAAACGGACUACGCAGUUGGUGGACAAUGCUAUUGGGGGGCAAAACAAAGACGAAGUCCCCAUUGAAGAGAGCAUACUUUCGUUACUUUUAAAGCUACAUUCACAGCUUAGUGGUACAUUGGAUAGUUUCUCAUUAAGCGAUGGUGAAGAUGAAGAAACGGAAGAAGAACGACACAAACAUGUGGAUAUUGAUAAUGAUAUAUUCGCAAAAUCAACAUCCGUCAACCAUUUAGAAAAGGGGAGGCCAUCAAAGAUAGAAGAAUCAAAUAAGACAUUGUUUAGCGCCCCGGAUUCACCUUUAGCCAUGGAUAUAGACUGCUUGGAGGCUAGCACUUCUGCUGCCGCCUCCAACCUUAACCUGGAUUCUAGUCAACGGGAACACAAUCACUGUAGCACGGGUAGAAAGCGAAUUCGUAAUUAUAAGAAAAUUCGAGUAUCCGAUUCUCGGAUUGGUGAUGGUCCCUACUUCAUUGGCAAUCUCAUUCGUAAAAUAGCAAAGCGCGAUGAGUUGUGCGCCCAAAGCAUUGACGAGAUACGUUCGAGACUUUGGCCGAAUCAACGUGAAAAACAAGCCGAGCAAAAGGCUCGCGAGACAAGGGAGAAAGAAGAACGUCGCAAGCGGGCACGCGAGCGGCAAAUGAAAAUGAUGCAAGAUUUCGCCAAUAAGCAAAAAGAAUUCAUGCAAACGGCGGCUCAUACCAUGGAGGGCAACAUGGAUGACGAGGACGACGAUAUAUUCGAAGAGCAGCCGCGUGAAAAGGAGUAUGAUUGUAUUAUUUGCAAUUGCACAACCCCCAGUACUGAAUCCAAUCCUAUUGGACUUGUGGUGUUGGUUGAAUCCAGCGGUAUUGUUGGACAUCGACGUCGAACCGCCGAACGGUUGCCGUUGCCACUUUGUCUCGAAGACGAGGAGCGAUUAAAGCAAACCACAAGGUUAGCUAUUGAGUUUAACCGACGCACUGAACUGUUAAGUGGAAAAUUUGGCAAAGAGUCCUGGUAUCUCUCCAACAACAUGGCCUACGAAAAUGGUGUACAUGUACAAUCGUGUGGCCAUCAUGUUCACCUUAGUUGCCUUGAUGCAUAUUUGAAGACACUAUACGCCACACAGCGGCAACAUCAGCAUGAACGUGGCGAGUUUUAUUGUCCCGUCUGCAGGCAGCUAUCUAAUUCGGUACUACCACUGAGUCCCCAACUGGACAGGCCAACGCCGAUGGUACGAUCAGGCACUCAACCUUUCGAACAGCUUGUCGCUGAACUGACAAAUCUAAUCAAAGAAAAUGUGCGACCAACGCAGACCUCAACAAAACUAUCGGAGGCGAUGGGUCGCGCAAUGGAGGACAUGACAAAUAUUACUCAUCGUGGCAUGAGACAUGUGCCUCCAACCUUACGAAGUCUAUUCGUCUUUGUGACAUCAAUUGCGCGUACGAAUUUAGAGUCGGAAAUAAUACAGCGCGGUGGUACUCUGUGCACAACGAAUUCAACACGCUACAAAGCGAAGCGCGACUGCAUCGUUCCUUUACUGCACGUGUUAUCCAUACACGUUCGUGUGUUGGUGGAAUGGCCACUGUGCCAAUCUUGGGCUUCACUUGCUGGUCUACCCGUAAGCGACUCGGCUCCAGUGCCUUCGCAUUGCCUCGAACGGAUACCCAGCCUUUUGGCCGACCCCAUAGCGUUACUAUUGAAAUUUAUUUUGUUAGCUCCUCUACAUUUGGACCAAGAUUUCUUUACUUGCAUGGUUAAGGUUAUGUACAAUUUGUUGUAUUACCAAAUAGUUGUUCAGCUUUGCGUCACACUUACUGAUAUAGAAUGCGACUAUAUAAUAUCGAAAUUUAACAAAUCUCCCUCCAUGGACGAUGAUGACACCAUUGGCCGACGAAACUCUUCCCGUACGAGUGGUGCUACCUCAUCGAAUAUACCGUAUUUGGGGCGUGCAAUGGCGUUGGUAUUGAACAACACAAAUCGUAUGUCACAUUUGCGUCGCGAAAACAUACCGAGUACAUCAACGGCAGCUGCUGCCGCGGCGAUGGCGAAUUCAGCGGGGUUCAGUGUAUUCUCUGGUCUUGGAUAUGCGUCGAAUAGCAGUAGGAGUGGCAUUGAUGCGGGGAGUUCAAAAUCCGAUGUGGAAGUAAAUCUCAAGUCCAUGGAAGCUCAAUUGCAAACACUAUGCUUGCCAUUCUUACGCAUAGCGGCAUUGUUGCGGCAACAUUUAUAUAGGCAUGACAUGCCAGAAAUAUCCGCACCAGGAUUGGAGUUCGUACGUCUGGUUUACUAUUUGGAACUGGUUACAGACUCGAUGGACUGGGACUGUUUUAAUGCUUCGAAAGGUUUAUGCUUCAUAUCGGGCACUGAACAGACGUUGCCUAAAUUUUGGUGUGAACAAUUAAUGGAUAUUGAGCCACCAAUUGAUACAGCGAGUGAGCUUGUGAUGUUGAAACAGCACGCCUCAUGGCAGCAGCCAAAGCUUCUCAAAUUACCUCGCGAGUAUGAGCGCUUAUUCACGUAUUACCACGAACGUCCAUGUCUGAACUGUUAUAAAGUGCCGAAAGAGAGCUCGAUCUGUUUGCUAUGUGGCACAAUUGUGUGUCUUAAACAAACAUGCUGUGCGGAAAAUGAAUGUUGUGAGGCGGUUCGCCACACAAUUACUUGUGGGGGAGGCAUCGGGAUAUUUCUCGUCGUAACGUCGACAUACAUAAUAGUGAUUCGCGGGAGACGUGCCUGCCUUUGGGGCUCAUUGUAUUUGGACGACUUUGAUGAAGAAGAUCGAGAUCUCAAGCGUGGAAAGCCUCUUUAUCUAAGUCAGGACCGCUUCAAUCUACUGGAAUCGCAAUGGCUUUCACAUAAAUUUGCGCAUACAAAACAUACAUGGGUAUUCCAUCGGGAUUUAUUGUGAAACAUGGAAGAAUUAUUAAGAAGCAUACAAGAGUUGGUAGGGCAAAUAUAAUUAAUUGCUCGGUCGGUAUAAAAAUGUAACAAAAUACGUAUAUUAUGAACAAUGUUCAAGUCUAAUUUAAAAUAUAUAAAAUAUCUCGAAGAAUUUGCAAAGCAAAAGAAAAGCAAAGCAGAAUAAUUAGCCAACGCGUUUUUAAAAUGCGUUACAUACAGUUAAUAACGGCAAAACAUCUUUGCUAUUACAUUAUUGAUAAGCUAUAGAAAUUUCAGUUAUAUAACUCGCAGCUUGCUUAUGUUUAAAUAACGUAGCUAAAAUAAUAAAAUAAAUAGAAAAUGUAAAAAGGCUUAAUGACGAUAUCGAAUAACGUGUGUAAAUUGAUUGAAUUUGGGAGAAAUUUGAAAGUUUGCUUAUACAUACUAUACUAUGUGGUAAACGAUAUUCAAAUACUGCUGAGAUGUCCUUUAUAUCGAUAUCAUUAAAGCUUACGACUAGUUUGAAAAUAUGUAUAACAACAAUUAUAGAUUAUAUAAAACGGUCGUAAAACAUCAUAAAUUAUCAUCAUUAUAUAUUACGUAAGCACGUAUAUUGCAUAUUGUUGCUGGCAUAAGACUAUCGCGGUGGAAUGCAUGGCAUUAACAAUACCGUCCAAGAAUGAUAGAUACAAGAUUGCGACAUGUGACAUCCGACCCGUAGUGACAUAUUAAAAGUUGGACUGAGAAAAGGCAACGUAAAUAACUGUUAAAUUUUCAUAUGAAAUGUAAACAAAAACAAACAAAGAAUUAUAAACUCGUGAAAUCAACUUUAUUUAAAGGAUUAUAAUGAAAACGUUUCAGUGUAAGCCAAGUAUCACAUUUAUAUAU